AUGUAUCAAUAUAUUAUACCAGCACGAAUAUCCUUUUCUCUUGGCCUUGGUUUCCUUAUAUUUAGUCUUGUAUUUGGUUGGGUUUCAUUUUCUGUACCCGAUUGGCUUCAAUUUUCUGAUCGUAAUAAACUAAACGACAGCACUAUUGUAAAUGACAAUUAUAGUAUUUUAAAAAAAUUCGGUUUAUGGUAUAAAUGUACAUUUUCAACUAAUUUAAAUGACUUUUCGUGUUCAUUAUGGAACAAUGAUUCACCGAGCUUUGUUCGUGUUGCCCAAGUACUGGUACCAUUUGGAUUAGCAUUGGGUUGUUUAUCGCUUCUAUCAGCUCUGUUUGCUUUAAUAUGUAGACGCGCGUUUGUUACGGCUGUGCUUAUUUCGGCAUUACUUUCUUUUUUAAGUUUUGUUUUUAUAACAAUUGGCAUUACUGUAUUUGCUACAGAAUCAGUACGCUACGUUGAACGUCUGCAAAUAAGCAACAAUGAUUAUCCUCGGCGUUGGGGAAUGUGGUUAUUAAUUCCAAAUAUUGUAUUAUCUUUUCUGACAUUCGCUUGCUUUAUUACUGCAUCAUUACUCAAUUGGUGUGAUUAUCGAGAUAUGCAAGUUACUGGGAUUCUUAGCCAUAGUGUUGAUAAAUACAAUGGCAGUGUUUGCAAAGGACUAUCAGAAAGCAAUACGACAACAGUUAUAAAACAACAAUAUCCACCGCAACAUGAGUAUCCAAAUGGUUGUUAUCAAGUAAAUGGCAUGCAUAAUAAUCAACCAAAUCCAAUGGGUUAUCCACCACCUCCCAGCUAUGGUGGUCUAGUUAAUUCUGCGUAUCAGCCAACUCCGCCAGCUCUCUUCGGAUAUUCAAGACCUGGCACACCAACGAUGAAUCAAAUGUACCCACAUGCAAAUUUCGAUCCCUAUUAUCCACGACAUUAUAUGACCGAAACUAUAGAUUCAGAGGCAACCGCUCGUAUAAGUCGUUCACGUCAUCGUUCUCGUUCUCGUCGCCAAUCAGAACAUCGGUCCAGAUCAAAUAGUCCAGGCGAAAGUACUGUUGCUGAAGAUAAUACUCAAAAACAAACACAAUAUAUUCCAAUACCUGUUCCUUACUAUCAACCUCAGCCAGUACCAAUAUCACAACCAACUAAAAUGCAAACAUCAGUCGCACCAAUGAAUAAUAAUCAACCGUCUAUACCAUACAUGUUUGCACAACCAAAACAAUAUACUGAUGAAAAUAUGCAACCAACAACAAAUACAACUAAUCUAUUCAAAUAUGGCACUGGGCAACCAUCAGUAUUAGUAUCUAAUCCAAAUCAGCCUGUUUACACAAUAGCCUAUCGAACAAACAAUGGUGGUAAUGUGCUUGCACCAAAUAUUCUGACUGGACCAGCAGGCACAACAUAUGUAACAGCAGCAAGAAAUCAAGUAGUUAAUAAUGCUUCACUCGGUAGUGAGUCGGAUAAAGAAGAAGAUUCACGUUAUGAAAGUAUUUCAAAAGGAGCCAAUUCCAAAAAGAUUAGCAUUAAUGAAGCAUGGACAUGGCGAAAGAUGUGA